GUUUUGCUCGGAGCUGAAGUCUGGCACUGCUCUGGGCGCUUGUCUGGGAGAGAGGAGACCUCCCCGCCGACUCUCCCGGUCCUCCCUCGGCCCUUGCCAAGAUCUUCGCAUCUGCUCCUAAGCCUCAGAAAAGGCACAGCUUCGAAGGUGGAGGAAGGAUUGGACACGGUGCUGGGGAACGUGGGCCAUCCAUUGACCCGAAACAGAGAUGUCGGCUCCUUUGUAGGAAUUACCUGAAGCCAGAGUCAUGGUGGACGUGGGCAAGUGGCCCAUCUUCACCCUGCUGUCGCCUCAGGAGAUUUCAUCCAUCCGGAAAGCUUGUGUCUUCGGCACCUCAGCCAAUGAAGCGCUCUAUGUCACUGACAGCGAUGAGGUCUUUGUAUUUGGACUGAACUACAGUAACUGUUUAGGAACUGGAGAUAACCAGAGUACACUUGUACCCAAAAAGCUGGAAGCCUUAUGUGGAAAGAAGAUUAAGAGUCUUAGUUAUGGGAGUGGACCCCAUGUUCUUCUCAGCACUGAAGAUGGAGUCGUGUAUGCCUGGGGCCACAAUGGCUACAGCCAGCUUGGGAAUGGGACAACCAACCAAGGCCUGGCACCCAUCCAGGUCUGCACCAACCUCUUGAUCAAGCAAGUGGUUGAAGUAGCUUGUGGCUCGCAUCAUUCAAUGGCUCUGGCAGCUGAUGGAGAGGUAUUUGCUUGGGGUUAUAACAACUGUGGCCAGGUGGGGUCAGGGUCCACUGCAAAUCAACCAACUCCUCGGAAGGUGACAAACUGUUUGCAUGUUAAGAGGGUAGUUGGCAUCGCCUGCGGUCAGACCUCAUCCAUGGCUGUUCUGGACAAUGGUGAGGUGUAUGGCUGGGGCUACAACGGCAAUGGUCAGCUCGGCUUGGGAAACAAUGGCAAUCAGCUGACCCCCGUGAGAGUGGCAGCUCUGCACCGGGUGUGUGUGAACCAGAUUGUCUGCGGCUAUGCACAUACUCUAGCACUAACCGAUGAGGGCUUGCUCUAUGCCUGGGGAGCUAACACGUAUGGGCAGCUGGGAACUGGCAAUAAAAAUAACCUGCUAAGCCCAGCACACAUCAUGGUGGAGAAAGAAAGGGUGAUAGAGAUCGCGGCCUGCCACUCGGCGCACACGUCUGCCGCCAAGACGCAGGGCGGCCACGUGUACAUGUGGGGCCAGUGCCGCGGCCAGUCGGUGACCCUGCCGCACCUCACGCACUUCUCCUCCACCGACGACGUGUUCGCCUGCUUCGCCACGCCCGCCGUCACGUGGCGCCUGCUGUCUGCGGAGCAUGAAGACUUUCUAACAGUUGCAGAGUCACUGAAGAAAGAAUUUGACAGUCCAGAAACUGCCGAUCUGAAGUUUCGAAUUGAUGGGAAAUACAUCCAUGUCCAUAAAGCUGUUUUGAAAAUCAGGUGUGAGCACUUUCGAUCCAUGUUCCAGUCUUACUGGAAUGAGGACAUGAAGGAGGUGAUAGAAAUAGACCAGUUCUCCUACCCUGUGUACCGUGCCUUUCUCCAGUACCUCUACACAGACACAGUGGAUCUGCCACCUGAGGACGCUAUAGGUACCAGCCGUGUUGGGACUGGCCAAGACACAGGGUCAAAAGUAUUGAGCUCACAUUGUCUUCUGGACUUGGCAACGUCUUACUGUGAAAACAGACUGAAGAAACUUUGUCAGCAUAUCAUCAAGCGAGGAAUCACCGUGGAGAAUGCCUUCUCACUGUUCUCCGCUGCGGUCAGAUACGACGCAGAGGAUUUAGAAGAAUUCUGCUUUAAGUUUUGCAUCAAUCAUUUGACAGAAGUCACACAGACUGCAGCAUUUUGGCAAAUGGAUGGCCCUCUGCUAAAGGAAUUCAUUGCUAAAGCCAGUAAAUGUGGAGCCUUUAAGAACUGAAGCCCAAGACUGCUGGGUUUUGUGUGAGUGCUCUGGGGCUGGUGAAGGCGUGUCGUUUGUGCUCUAUGGGGGAUGUAAUUCUGCAGGUAAAAAAAAAAAACCCAUCACAUAUCUUGCUCACAUGGGGAUACAGUUCUCUGUGUAGGGAUAUGUGAAGAGUGCAUGGCUCUUCCUGAACCCAUUUUAAACUAUUUCCAGAUGUGUAUAUUUUAAAUGUGACCGUAACAUUUGACUGGGACAUUGUAAAGGGGUGAAAGUUUUGCUGGUUGGUUGUUGUUUUGUUUUUGUUUGUUUUUGAUUAGAGGAACUUCUAAAGUUGGAAAGCGGACAUUUGUGGCAACUCUCCUGACUCAUGUAUUAGCAGCCCUUUUGAUCCCAGGAGUUGGGAUAGUGCACGAUUGUGAGAGGCAUAGAGGGCCCCCCACAUCCCCCCAGAAUGAAAGGUGCUGACUUGGGACUUGGCUGAAGAGCUGCAUUAGUUGCUAGGUCUGUAGCUUCACUUUGAAGGGAUAGUUAAGAUUGUUUGAGGUUUUGUUUGUGUUUUUGCAUCAUUGAUGACUUUUUUUAACUUCAAAAUGAUAUUCAAUUUAAUAUAAACCUAUUGAAAUGAUAAUUAUGCAAAGAUGAAUUUCUCGGUUAAUCAGGGUUUCUCUUAAGACUUAAGUACAUUAAAGAGUAGUAAUGUAGAACUAUCUAUGAAAAAUUAAUAAUGGAAGAAACUUCACUUGGGUGAAGGUGAAUUUUUUAUAAAUCAGAGUCUCCACUUCUAUCUAACAGUGUUUUAUUAAGGUUAAAUUUGAGAACCCAAAUUUCAAUGCUCCCACCUUUUCCCCUAUAAAUGCUAAUCAUGUAAGAGGAUAAUAGUGAUAUGUUCAGCAUUCUCUUGCUUCCUGAAUCAUGGUUGCUGAAUCAUCAGAUUUGCUAUGUCUGACUCAAAUAAGUAGUUCUUAAACCCAAGUUUCUUACAGGACUUAACAGAGUUUGUUUUUAUUGGUUUUUAUCUGUGCCAAAUACCAUCAUACAUUUUGCUUAUUUGAAAUUUCACCAGCUUUCACAUUUGACUUUCCUUUUGGUUGUGUUAGGUAUAAUAUUUAGCACAACUUAACUUUGAAGAAGGAUCUAAAUUAUAGGGUGAGUGGUCUGGUUAUGGAAUGGGGCUUUGGGAGUAAGAGUGUUCAAUGUGUGUCUUUUAAGCUUGCUUCAUGUGUGUUUAUUGAGCUUGCUUUGAGAACAAGUCUUUGUUCUUCUCUCUGGCCAGCAGACUCAUUUCUCUCUGUGGAAGCUCCCUUGGUGAACUGUUUCCUGUUUGGAAGUUCUCCCCUCUAAAUUGAGACUAGAUACAUUUUCAGACUCAAAGGAACAAGAUGGUGGAGAGAUGCUGCAGCUACUGUUUUUAGCAAAGUUUCUUUGUGUGUGUUGGCCGGGAAGGGCCCAAAGAUGGAAAUUCAUUGAUGGGGGCAAUGAACACAAGCCCAGAAAUCCCAGCCCCCUUUUCUUGACCGUGUUGCAAGCAGUUGGAGCCCAGUGAGUUACUACAUUAGGAUUGUUACUGCAGUAUGAUAGAAUUUUCUUACUAGGUUGAGAAAUGUACAUUAAUUUAUUAGCUAUGAUGGGUAGUAUUUGUAACAAUCACUGUCAUAGGCUUAUGAUCCGGGCAAAACAAGAACUUCAGUGUGUUUACUAUUGCUGUUACUUGAAAAAAAAAACACUUUAACAAAAGCACAAAUUGAUGUAGUAUAUCCAUUUCCGUAGAUAGUUCAUUCAUUCAACAAAUAUUUGCUGAGUUCCUAAUAGGUGAAGAACUUCCACUUCUCAGAUUACUGAGUUAUUUGUAUGGGUAUGUAUUCAGUGAAGAGAACAGGAAAAAGUCCUUCAGAAAGUACUUGUGUGUAUGUGUUUUUUUUUAAAUAUGCUCUCUUAUUUUUCUACCUGGUUUUGUUAAUCGCAGCAGGAGAUGAAAACUAUUCUGAGUUGUUUUCUUCAUCUGACAUAAUUAUAAAAGCCGAAGUAUUCGUAUUUCUUAAAAUAGCCCUAAAAUGUACUCUUGAACUUCUUACUGGAACAACAUUUGAUACUCUAGUUAUACAAGUUGUAUUUAUGCAGUGUUUAGAGUGACAUGUUAAUAAAUAAAGCAAUCUGUUAAAAUGGG